CCAUUAUCAUGCAUGCAGUUCCCGCUGGGUGUGCGAUAGAUGCCGCCAAUCCUAAAGAUCUACGCACUGUGAAACACAGCUGGGGUAGGUCCACGCGGCCAAAGAGUCAAAGUUCCAGGCAUUUCCAGGCUUUGAAGGACCCUGAAGAAUGCGCCACUAUGUUGGUGGCAAGUGGGGCUUCUCGCUCAUCUUCGGGAUCUAUGGUUCCGUCUUCCCCUAUGCAUUCGCCAUGGCGGUGGUGAACGCGGCUUUGACGGUCGGGGUUUCCAUUAGCAUGGAAUACAGCGAGGGCAUCUACCCGGACCCAGGGACCACGGAGACGGUUGCGACGCUCAUGGCAAUAUUCACCUCUGUUAUGAUGUUCAUCCUAACCUUUCGGAGCGACAUUGCCUACGAGCGAUGGUGGGAGGGUGGCACAUUGUUGCAGAAGACGAGGGGAGAAUGGUUCAAUGCCUACAGCAGUUUGGUAGCCUUUAGUUCGGCUAGGCCUGAAUUACAGAGACAGGUGAUGGAAUUUCAUCAUUUACUGGCUCGUCUCAUGUCUUUGCUGUUCUGCUGUGCCCUCCAGCAAGUGUCUCCUAGCAAAGACCGCCCUUUCGAAAUCCUCGACACACAGGGCAUUGAAUUAGAAAGUCUCCUGUACCUGGAAAGCACCAGGGACAAGGUAGAGAUCAUACUGCAAUGGAUCCAGCGGUCGAUUGUGCUUCGCAUGAAUGACGGGGUUCUCCCUGUUGCUCCUCCAGUCCUGUCACGAGCUUUCCAGGAAUUGUCUCGGGGGAUUGUGAACUUGCAGAACGCACGAAAGAUCGCUGACUUUCCGUUUCCAUAUCCUUAUGCGCAGGUCAGCAUUCUGAUGCUUUUACUUCAUUGGGGACUCAUGCCCUUCUGGUGCAGCAUGCUUCUGUCCAAGACUAUGGCAGCUGGAACCUCCUUUGUAGUAAUCUUCUUCUUGUGGUGCCUGAAUUUUAUAGCUUUGCAGCUAGAGGCUCCAUUUGGAGAUGAGCCGAAUGACCUACCCAUGGAUCAAAUGAUCUUGGAUUGGAAUAACAGUUUGUGCACACUAUUGUCCCCAAGAUCGCAGCGUCCACCUGCUUUUGAAUUUGAUCCCGCAACUCAUGAUAGGUGGAUCACCUCCUUGUCCAAUUCCAUCCCUUCGAUGAUGGUUCAAGAGGAAGAUGAGGAGACAGAGGA